UCCAAGCCAACCAGUGCUCGAGGAGGAGAGCAAAGACACGGCCGAAGCUGAGGCUUUCACAACGCUGAAUCUGGUAGAGACAGCAGGCAGGGACGGCAUCCACCAGCCGGAGUUUCGAGCUCGCUUUACACCAUGGAACACAAACAAACCAUCAACUUUGGAGCCGGACCUGCAAAACUUCCCCCCUCUGUGCUGCUUCAAGCUCAGAAUGAGCUCCUAAACUACAGCGGCACUGGCAUCAGUGUCCUCGAGAUGAGUCACCGAUCAUCAGACUUCAAUAAAAUUAUCAACAAAACAGAGAGCCUCCUGCGAGAGCUGUUAAAUAUUCCAGACAACUACAAGGUGCUGUUCCUGCAGGGUGGUGGGUCUGGACAGUUCAGCAGUGUUCCUCUCAACCUGAUUGGUCUUAAGGAGGAUAGGUGUGCCGAUUACCUGGUGACGGGCACGUGGUCGGCCAAAGCAGCAAAGGAAGCGGAAAAAUAUGGCAAAGUGAAUGUUGUUCACCCAAAACUGGAUAGUUACACGAAAAUCCCUGACCCCAGCAGCUGGACCCUGAACCCCUCAGCCUCCUACGUGUACUACUGCUCCAAUGAGACAGUCCAUGGUGUUGAAUAUAACUUUACCCCAGAAACAAAUGGGGUGGUCUUGGUGAGCGACAUGUCCUCCAACUUCCUGUCCCGACCUGUGGACGUCUCUAAGUUUGGGCUCAUUUUCGCUGGGGCUCAGAAGAAUGUGGGCUGUGCCGGUGUAACCGUGGUCAUUGUGCGGGAGGACUUGUUAGGUCACGCUCUGAAAGAGUGUCCCAUUGUCCUGGACUACAAGGUCCAGGCUGAGAUGAACUCCCUGUAUAACACACCCCCAUGUUUCAGCAUCUACAUCAUGAGCCUGGUUCUGGAGUGGAUAAAGAACAAUGGCGGCAGUGCUGCCAUGGAGAUGCUCAACAAGCAGAAGUCCUCCAUGAUUUAUGACAUCAUCAAUGCUUCUAAUGGUUUCUAUGUGUGUCCUGUAGACACAGCCUGUCGGAGCCGGAUGAAUGUACCAUUUCGUGUGGGGAAGAAAGAGGGAGAUGAAGCCUUGGAAAAGGAGUUUCUGGAUGGUGCUUCCAAACGUGGAAUGAUCUCACUGAAAGGACACAGGUCAGUUGGAGGAAUUCGCGCAUCACUUUACAACGCUGUAACACUGGAGGACACUAAAGCACUCGCUGACUACAUGAAGGAGUUCCUCAAAGAUCACCAAUGAAGCCUCUCCUACUGAAUGCUGCCUGAUCCCAGAGGGGCAGUUUCAUUAUGUUAAUACAGUUUUUCAAAGAGGGAAAAAAACAACAACUUGUAACUCUUCUUUUAAUCUCGUUGAGAUCCACGUUGGAUUUGAAAGUUGCACCUUUUUACAUGCCUUUUAUAACAACCUGGCAUUGUUCCUAAUAAGCUACUGCCUUUGCUAGUUAUAUAUGUAUGUAACAUAGCCAGUAAACGAAUUAAAAAUAGUAAUUCUAACAGGACUUAUAUGUGUAAAUGUUCUAGGUGAAUCUUGUUAUUUGUAAAACCUGUACUUACAUUCCAGUAAAAAUUAACUUGACAUUA